AAUAAUAUAAUCCGAAAAAAUAAAUCGGAUUUCAAACAAAGUCUUAUGUUAUCGUCGACAUGAUUAUCAUAUUAAAAAUAUGUUGUAAUGCAUAUUAUCAAAGUUAUGGGUCAGAGUGGAAUAACCUUUACAAUUUUAAAGUAUUUUCAUCUAAACUUAUUCAAUUAUGUAUUAUAGAUAAAGUAUCCAAACGAAAUGUUUCGGACGAUUCUAAGAACGUUUAGUACGCGUAAAUAUAAUAAAGUUGGUUUAAUAGGUGUACCUUUUGAAAAAGGACAGCAAAAGAAAGGUGUUGCACUUGGUCCUAAAGUAAUUAGAGAUGCUGGUCUUAUAAAAGAAUUAGAAGUAUUAGGUUUAGAUGUUAAAGAUUAUGGGGAUAUUGUAUAUAAAACGGUAGGUACAGGCGAUGUAAAUAAUAUGACACAUUUGAAAGACGUAGCAGCAUGUACUAAACUUUUAUCUGAACAAAUUCAAAAAAUAUUAAUUGAUGAUCGAUGCGUUUUAACGCUUGGAGGAGAUCACAGCGUAAGCGUUGGAACUAUAGAUGGCCAUGUUCAAGUAAUGGAAGAUGUUGCAGUACUUUGGAUCGAUGCUCAUGCUGAUUUAAAUACUAAUAAAACUAGCGAGAGCGGAAAUGUUCAUGGAAUGCCUGUAGCAUUAUUAACGACUGAACUUUCUGAUUAUUGGCCGCAUUUACCUGGAAUGGAUUGGCAGAAACCAAUGCUAUCAAUUAGAAACGUGGCUUACAUUGGAUUAAGAUCCGUAGAUCGUUACGAGAGAUUAGUUAUUGAAAAAUUUGGUAUUCCUGCUUUUGGGAUGGAAGAUGUUGAAAGAUUUGGGAUUCAUAAUACAAUUUCUAUGGCAUUAGAUAAAAUUGAUCCCAAUGGAGUAAAAUCAUUGCAUGUUAGUUUUGACAUUGAUUCUCUAGAUCCCUUGGAAGCUCCAAGUACAGGAACUGCAGUACGAGGUGGAUUAUCUCUUCGAGAGGCAAUUCAUAUAAUGGAAGAAGUACAUAGAACACGUAGAUUAAAUGCUAUAGAUUUAGUAGAAGUAAAUCCUCAUAUCGGUGAUCAGCGAGAUGUUAAAUUAACUGUAGAGGCUGCAAUAUAUAUUAUACAAGCUGCUUUAGGAUAUACUAGACGUGGUUUGAAAGUUCCUAAAGGUGUUACCGAUAUGCCAUUGCAAACAUUUAAAUAAUAUGAUAAAUUAAUACUUUAAUAAAAACAUAUUUGUCUCAAUUUAUGUAAAUAAAUU